CAGUGAACACAGCUUUUGUAUCUGUUUUUCUUUCAAACCCGUAACAAAUCCGAAAACUCUACAAUAUUUUUAUCACAAGCGCGGGCGAACCAAUUUAAAGCUUGAAGGCUGCGAGCACAGGUUUUGCUUCCGUUUUUCUUUCAAACUGCCAUAAAUUUGAAAGCCCUAAAAACCCUAAUAACAGACGAGCCAUGGAGCUCAAUACCAAUCUAGAAAUCGAGAAGACGGUCUUAGGAAUUCUCGAAAAUGCAGACAUGAGUGACAUGACGGAGUACAAGCUUCGAAGAAUAGCGGGAGAAAAGUUGGGGCAGGAACUUUCAGAUACCAAGUCUAAGAAAUUGGUGAGGAGUAUUGUUGAAAGCUUUCUUAGGUCCAAGAACAGUGAAGAAGAGCAAGCUGCUGAGCAAGUAACAGUCGAAAAAGAGGACGAGGAGGUGGAAGAAAAAGAAGAAAAAAAGGCGUCUAAAAAACAGCAGAAGAAAAAACAAGUUCAGUCCGAGGAAGAGGAGGAAGAGGAGGAGGAGGAAGAGGACGAGCGACCUGUGAAGAAACAGCGAAAGGAAAAAUCUAAAGAGAGCGGCGCCGCGCAGAAAAUCAGCACGGAUGACAACGGUGAUCUAGUUAUUUGCAAGCUUUCAGAUCGACGGAGUGUAACUAUUCAAAACUUCCGAGGACAAAAGUUAAUAUCUAUCAGAGAGUUCUAUGAGAAGGAUGGGAAGCUGUUGCCGUCAUCUAAAGAUGGAACCAAAUUUGGAGGUUAUUGGCAGGCCGUACAUCUUCUUGCAAGCCUUUCCUGUUGCUGGCCGUACCUAUUAGCAUGCAUAUUUCAAGUAUUAGAUUGCAGAUUCUUCGAAUUGUGGAAACUAAAGGACAAUAGUUACAGGCUAUACAAGUUUAAGGAAGGCAGAUUGGUGAUUUGUGUGGGCUGUACCAUGUAAUGGGCUGUUUAUGAGGUUGGUGUGAGGAUUUCCUAACCUAGGCACUGCAUUUUAGUGGACUUUCUUUGUUGAUAGGAAGUGCCUUACUGUUUGGAGGAUAGUCAACAGAGUUUUGGAUUGAACUUUUGAUGUUAUCAUGAUUCAGGAGGCCAUACAUGAAAUAAAUGAUGUAUAAGUUUGUGUAUUAUACUUUAAGUUAUAUUUCGUGUAUAUUGUCAGGAUGUUUGAGAUGAGUUUUAGAUCAUUAGGUGUUACAAUGCGAAUUCUAGUCUGGAGGAUUUUACUAGUUUUCAGUGUGCUCUUAGUGUGUUUUCAAUUUGGUUAUAACAGUCAAACAACAGCAACAAGUGACAUCAGACCUGAACCAGCAUAAUAAUCAUCAGUUAUGAAGGUAUAUUGGUGUUGUUUCAAGUUGGGCAUUGCUUGGUGAUGUUUUCAGUCGUGUUUCUCGAUAUCUUAGCACUGCAAUAUUCAUAUCAAACCUGUAACAACUGUAACAACCAUCAAAGAGUGCUUCUAGUUCAGCAUUUGAUCAUCCUACUCAUUUAGACAAGGUAUAAUAUUGUUAUUUCUAGUUCGGUGUUGGGUUUAUGUAUUUGCACAUUCUGGGAAAGUGCAAUCGGUUUUGUAAACCU